ACAUUUAAGUAGUCGUAAGCCAAGCAGGCGGAACGCGAAAGGCAGUGAUCGGCAGUAAACAUAUCCACAUUCAAACUUAUCUACUUACAUAUGUAUAUAAAUAUGUUUUAUAAUUACGAACGUAAGGCGUACCGAGCGUGAAGCGUAAAGUAUUUUGUAUACAUUAUUUCGUGUUAAUCAUCAGCUGUGAGCUAUAAAGAAAGGCAAUACUCGCACUUGGCCGUUUAUUAUACCCGUAUUCACACACAAACUACACAUACGAGUACAUGGUACAUGGGUAUAAACCUAUAUACAAGUAUACAGGCAGGUAAAUAUUCGCUUUAGGAGCGGAGUGCGCGAUCGCUUCUUGUCGUUGAGCGUCGAACGUUGAAAUGUACAUGACUUUUAUUGGACGGCGUGUGACUCAGUUAGUAGCUUAGCGUAGUUUGGUAGCAUUAAACCGAGUGCACGCAACUUCGGAAACUACAUACAUUUUUGGACGAGUACAAGCGCAGACGUAAACUGUGCGAUGCAAUUACGUAAGCAAGGUGGAUAGGAAAAGUGCAAGCAGUGUAAAGACGUAAACAAGUGGAAAACUCUAAAACAAAUUCUAAAAACUAUUUAUUUGUGCGCCGAAAUCGUGCAAUAGUGUGAUAAAGUAAUUGCGCCAAGUUCAGUGAAUUCCGCGCAUAAAGAUUUUAAUACCAGUGAAUUGAGUUUUCAUACCCACCCUUAAGAGCCAUCGGUUUCAAAAGCGCAGUGAAUAUUUUUGUGAGGCAUAAACCGUUGAAUAGUGUGCCCUUCUUUUCACCUACCUAACUAAGCUAUUUUGAAAUAUAAGGUCCAAAAUAUUUUACUAAAAAGUGAGUUACUCACCUAAAACAAAGCGGAAUUCGCAAAUCUAACACUGAUAAGAUAAGCGCAUAGGCGAGAGAGAGCAAGCUUGGCACCCGCGCACUCACAUAUACCUCGUUGCAUCCGUGUGUCGAGCAGCGAAAGCUGGAGCUUUGAGGCUGACGCUUUAAUUUAUUUAGCAUCGCAAUAACUGGCACAAAAAUCAUACAACAGUGGACUUAGCAUUCAGCAACCGAGAUAUUAACUUCAUUCGGCAGCCAAAAAUCAUAACUGUCAAAAUUCAGAUACGAAAGUGUGUCGUCGCUGCGGCGCCAAUGAACAUUUCAAACAUUUUGCGGUAAAUGCCAGGAAAUUGGGGGGACGAGGGACAUCUGACAGUUUUAACGAAGGAACUCUUACAAACAUCGAAAAGAAAUAAAAGGUUUAUGCAACAGAUAGAGCACAGCUAUUGCAGUUGCAGACUCCAAAUGUACAGAAUAUUGCAUUGGCGCAAAAGCUUCCAGUUCGAUAGCCAAAACUGCACUGAAGACUUUGAAGAGUGCUGCUGAUAGGAGUAUCGCAUAACAACAACUCAGAAAAUUGCUAGGCCAGUGUGAAAAAGCCAUUGUAAUAACCUAAUAAUAACAACAACAACAAAUCCCUUUGAAUACUUAUGAAGCAACGAACAAGCUGCCAAAAACCAACACCGCUACGUACACACCCCUGCAACACACCUCCAAACAAUACCACACAGCUGAUUUGCGACUUGUAUUAGUGACCGUCGGCAGCACCUAUGGGCAAGUGUGUGUCAAAGCAUCCAUCCGUACUCACAAUAGCGCUGUCGGAAAAGGACUUGGCGGCGGCAAACCACAUUUGGAGCAAAUUUGCUGAGAGCACCGAAUACAUUGCGCUGAAGGACGAGCAUGGAAAUCAAUUAUGCGAAUAUUACUACGUGAGCGGCAAGAAGCGGAAGGCGAAGCCUAAAACAACAAAGCAGACGCUAGUGCCAACAGAUAGGGAUAAUGAUGCGAAGACAACAACUGUCGGCGCCACACAGCCAGUCGGGCAGACCAAACAUUCAAAUGAAAAUCAAAACCAGAGUCAGCAGCAGCAGAGCCAGAAGAAGGGUAAAAACAAAAGACGAUCCAAGACAGCACAAAAGCAAUCAUCAACGCAGCAAAGCAGUGAAAACAAAUCACAGCAAUGGACAACAAACCGCGAACAAACAACAAAUACAAAUGGCACAGAAAGUUAUACGGAAAAGUUACAACAAGAUUGUGUUACUUCACAAACCGAAUCUGCUCAUACUCCUGAUGGUCUGACAACAACGGCGGCGACGGCGACGACUUCGACAAUUGUGUACCCCAGUGUGAGUGGCUGUGAGUAUUGCACCGUUGUCAGCACCACUGACGACGAGAGUGAGGGCGAGCACGAGGACGAGGACGAGCACGAUGACAGUGAUGACGGCGAGCAGUUGUUUGGUAUUCAUAACCAUAAUAAUGCUACUGAGGCUAUUGUAGUUGACAACACCAAUAAAGAAACCGCCGCUGAUGCUCAUAAAAAUCAACAACAUUGUGUGGCUCAUUUGCCGUCGCAGCCACAGGAACAGAUUGCUGGCGACACGGAUGCCCCCGACGCCAACAAUAACGCCGAAAUAGCUGGGAAACAUGAGGAAUACGCUUAUCAACCGAAGUGGCAGCAAAAGCGGUUGGCUGCCACCGAAAAAGGGCAAUUAAUAAACAGGGAAGUGUGCAAAGUCAAUAUUGGUGUUAUUGGUGUCGAAAAUGCAGCUGAACUUGACAGUGUUGACAGAAACAGUGAAAUGUUAAGCGCCAGCGAGCAUCUAACGGUUACAGGCAGCGACUACAUGAAGGGACAGGCCGAGAGCAAACGGCAUUCGAAGAAGCAUGGCGGCACCACAAACGCCAUAACUGGCACUGGAGUGGGCGCCAUCGAAACCAAAGGUACUGCGAUGUCAUUCGGCUUUCGCAAGAAGCUCAACACGACGCCGAAGAAGUUCAAGAAAUUGCUGGAGGCCGGCGUUGGCGGCAUGACUGGUGGCGAUGGAAAAAGGAAGCAAGACAAGUGCAACAAUAUUACAGCAACAACACGGGACGACAACACACCUAGUGAGGAUAACGAAAAACGGGCAACUGUGAUAGACGGCGCUCACUAUGGGGAGACGAUAACGAGCGCACAACAGCAGGACGAUAAUGGUAAUGCAGAACUGCUGGCCAAGGUACACUUUGAGAAAAUGGGUGCGGCGGCCGCAACGACGCAGCGUUCCAAUCAAGCCACGGCAGCCGGUGGUGGCGCUCCGUUUUCCGACCUGCCCGGCGUUGCCUCGCGCUUCGGUUACCGCGGCGGCAAUAUUGUACGCCCGGCAUCGGCAGGUUUAACGCAACACUAUCACAUAGAAGUACAGGAGAAUGCGGAAAACAACAACACUUGUGGUAACAACGGCAACGACGCCAGGAGUGGAGGUGUGGGAGUUAAUGGACAACAAAAACCGCUUGUGAGCAACUUGAAGCGCCGAUCGAAGAGUGCACACGCCGGCAGGGCAUUGACUUCGGGCGAUGAGACUAGCGAGUCGGGCAGUUGCAGCGAUGCAGCCGGUCGCCCAAAAAUAACACAACCCAAAUCUAUAACGUUCAAUUUGAGUCAGAACAGCACAAUCGAAUACCAGCGGCGACAGUUUUUCGAACAGCCUAACACAUAUGGUAGCUAUGGAAGUGGACGCAGCAGCGCAGCCAACGUUUGGACCCAUCAACCAGGGCAUCAGGCGCAACAGCAUCAGUCGCGAAAUGUCAUCAGCACGGGCAUGCACACGAAUGUUAUUGUCCGUCCUACUCCACGCGCACCGCCAGCCAGUUUUUCCAAGUUCACAUUGCAUACAGUAAGUUUGCCAAAGCCGGAAUUUCCCGUGGCCAUCAGUGUGGGUGCCACAACUCCAACUACACCAAGCAGCAUCUACACACCGUCCCCCACCAUAGCUACUAGCGUGGCGGGAGCACGUACCAAAGAAAAUCAGCAGCAGCACCCCUUAACGGUGGUCGCUUGUGCCACAGUGGCACACUCCGCUUCCGGACAUAUGGAUUUGAAGACGGCCAAGCAGAUGGCAAACAACACCCGGCGUGGAUUCUCAGGCAGUCGAGAGAUAUCAGCGGAUUCAGGUAUUGCCAGCAUGGACAUGGCAUUAGAUAGUUCGGUUUCGAGUGGUGGUGGCAGUCGCGCUGGACGCACAGCCUCGCCUAAACGGAGCCGCAGUCGUCCGCGCAACUUGCAAAUGGUCAUGAAUGGUCGUCACAAAUUUGAAGUACGUGACCUGGACGACCCUUUAUCGAGUGAAUCCAGCUCUAUCGUAGAGCCGCUAGCUUUGCCGAAGCUACCAAACGAAAACCAAACAGCCCCACUUCCACUAUGUGGUCUUGUGCGUUCCAAUACAGUACUUAGUCGAGAGACUUAUGAAAGAAAUGGUGGUGUCAUCCGUAAUAGAAGCGCUAGUGACAACCAGGAAAUCAAACAGGUUGAUAUUGAAAAACGCCCUACUACGGCGCCUGCACAGUGCACUAUAACUCGGAAUUCGUCAGAAGAAAGUGAAGGGGUCGAUGAGGAAAAGCUUUACUUAGACCGCUCUACUUCAGAGAAAGGAAACAGGUUUAAGGACAUCAAUACUUGUUCGAGUAAAACAUCGUCACCAGGAAGUUCCAUAAUGCUCUCGUGGUGCAAUGCAGGAGAAUCUCUUGCCGUAAAGGAUUGUAGCAGCCUCAGUAUUAGCAGCGAAGAUAGUAAUAAACUUCAUGGAUUUAAUCAUCAGGAUAAAGACACAGACACGGAGAAAAACGAUUUACAAAAAUUCAAGCACAUGUCAGUCGACUUGAUUGAGGAUGACUUAAGUGGCAUCGUGACCGAAAUGCAAGUCAGUACAUUAUCUUCCUUAACUGAUAACUUGGCAAAUGAAAACAACAAUUCCGGACUCAAAACAUUAGAAACCAACACUAACAACGUUGCAUCUGUGGAAAAUACAAAUAUUGAUAAACCAGAUCGACCGAAAUCGUUUUAUAAUACGCUUAAUGAAACGAAAUUUGCUGAGAUGGCUUUAGCCGGCAGCACUUAUCUUUUGGACGACGAGACCUCUCCCACGGAUAGUCUGGUUAGCAGCACGGAAUCAGAAGAAGUCGCAAGCAAACAGAAAAAGCACAAAAUAAACGAAGAACUGCAAGAGAAGGACAUCGAUGAGAUUUCACCUGAACUCGAAAUGGGUAGUCCCAUUUCACCGGGAACGCCAACACAUGCUUCACAUUCGCUCUCACUUUCCGAUUGCGGUAAUUUGAUUGAUGAUGAGAUCGCUGACCAACCGGCAUUGCUGUUUAACAGUGAAGCACAUGAUCUAGUGGAUAGCUUAACGUCACACAAAGAUAAGACAGACACCCCCACACUUAUGGAAAAUACAGGUUCAAUACGUUCACUGAAGAGCCAAUCGAAGGCGCGCAGUGCACUCCAGCAAGCAAUUGAGUUGAGCCUUCGCACACCUCUCUCGCUACGAAAGGCGGUAAUGGAACGCGCUGAUUCUCUCGAUACUCUCUCCCCCUGUGAGUCGAUAUGUUCCGAUGAUCUAAUGAUGGAUUUCGAUAUACAUAGCAGUGUGGAUUCUAUCGAUCGAUCUAGCUCCAUAAAGAGUCGAAGUGGUUCGGAUCUACAUAAAAUUGACAAUACAGAAUUAUUUUCGGAGCUGGAACGUAAAGGAAGCGAUGUAAUGAAAGAACUGAAUUCCCUCCUACGUCUUCGUUCCAAUAAAGGCGCAGAUAAGGAUGUUGUCAUUGCUCAUUUGCCCGCUCGCGCCACUCGUCUUCUAAAUCGUUCACGCUUGCAACAGCAACAGUAUCCCUCCUCGAUUGCCAGCGGUGUGAGCACUAAUGCUGCGGCUGGAACUUCGGUGUGCGGCGGCGGCGACUCUGACAGCUCAAAAUCAGCCCACAGUCUACGGCGCAGCGCAGCGGCUUCGCGUGCCUCAAACGCUUCCACAUCAUCAACGAAUGCAUCGUUGCCGCCGAGCACUCCUUACCAUCAUCAGAAACCAUUUCAGCAUCACUACUCACAACUUCAUCGUGACUCGCACAGUUCUUCGGACGAUCUCAUGCUGUAUGACAAAUCUUUUCGAAACGCGAUGAUUCAGGAUGUGUUGCAAUUCAAAAAACAGUUGCUGCGGCUUCGACGCCUUCUACAGGACGACGAAGAAUAUUUGAUGAGGACGGAGACUCUCAACCCAUUCGAUAAUGACAAUGGGCAACUCUUCGCCGCCUGCGGCUUGGACAGCAAACUACUGGAUGAAAUGGACCUGGCCAGCCUGACAUCCUCGACCACGGAUGACCCAAUGGUGGAGUUAGCCGAUCUACGAAGACAGGUGGUUUACCUUCAGGGAGAAGUUGAAGAUCGCGAGCGAACCAUUCGUUUGCAGAAAAAUCAAAUAGAGCAUCUGGAAUCAAAAAAACCACCAAUACAAAACGACCACACAAAAGAAGUGAUGAAUAUAGCAACGCAAACAGAAAGGACACGACCACUUUCAUAUGGCCUAGAUGGACUGUCAAGAAGUCACUAUGGUGAAGAACAGACUUGUGAGAAGUAAGCCCGAGUACACCAGUUAUACCACACGUUAUCACCCGGCCGCCACUUGUGAAAUCAAUAGCAUUUGCAAUGGCGCCAACAACAGCAACAACAAUAACAACAACUUAUGCACGUAUCAACAACAACACAACUGCUGCAACGGCAGCAACAACAACCUGCCAGCGGCCACCACAGAAGCAGCAUCACAACAAAUACGCCGUCACACCAUCAUAUCCACCACUCUGAGUAAUUACAAUCAACAGUCGGCAUUGGCACCGCGACGUGCCUCGAUCGCGUGGGAAAAACCAACAGCGCCUGCACCCACAACACCUUUGCUCGCCCAGACAGCGGCUGUGGCCGGCACAAAACACGCGCCACCAGCCGCAACCACCUACAAACCCGUGAAAAUCACACUGAUUGGAGAGCCGCUCAAGCAAUGGCAAUGGAAUGCCGUUGGCAAUGGGAAGACUUCUGACAGCAACGGGCACAUAGCGGCCGGCAACCAUGGAGACAAGGAGGGCAACGCAAAGCGCGAACCGACCGAUGGCAAUAAAAGUGGAAGUAAGAGCAACCGAUGUGGUGGCAUGUGUAAUGGCAAGAGUAAUAGUGCGAAUUGCUCGAAUGGCAGUAAUGGUUAUACAAACGGCACGAGCAGCCAGGCGAGUGGCCUAAACGAGGUCUCGAGCAAUGGGCUGCAAAAGGAAAGAAGCCAUCAGCCAAACCAUAACCAUCAGAGGCUUAAUCUGCAUAUGCAACAGGCGCUGACACAGCCGGGACAACAGCAGCAAACACGUGUACAACAACAACAGCAAGUCUAUCACACAGCAAACGGCACCAAUGGCAAUUUCAAUCCAACAGUUACUAUAGUCUGAGCGCAAAGUAGUUAGUUCGUAAUGUCUGAUAUUGAUAUACAAACAUACUUAUACUUAAAUUGAUAUUAAGAUACAAAUUUUGGAGAGUGGAUUAUGUAGAGGCGAUGUUUUAGAGUACAGUUAUUAUUAUAAUCUACUCAUGUGUGGAUGUUUUGACGGUCAAGUUAUCUUAAGCUUCAGGAAAAUUAAUAUUGUGCAAUAAAUGUGCAAAUUAUGUAUGUAUGUAGUAGUUAAAUGUGUAGUAGAUUCUCUGAAACAACAAUUAAUGCCAAUAAUGGAUUACUUCACAUUGUAAAUUCUUUUAAAAAGCCAUCAUAAUGGCAAUGAACAGACCCAGUUUCCCAAUUCUUUACUCCCCGAAAAAGUGUAUGCAUAGCAAGAGGGGUUUAAAUUGCGACAAGUAAAUCAUGAGGCUAUUAUAUAUAUAUUUCUCGACCGUUGUAGUGCUUACUGGGCGGCAAAGCAAAAAAUACUGACGCACAUUCUUCUGUCACUCCAGAAAUGGUCAGGGGAGUUUGAUAGGUGAUGGAUGGUUGCAAAAUAAAAUUUUAACUUAAACCAGAGUCACACUGGGGAAGUUCAAUUCUGCGUGACUAAGCCUGGUGACGAUAAUGUGUUAUGUGCACUAUAUAAUACUACAUUUGUUCAAUAUAAUCUCUUAUAAUAAUAUUAUUUCUAUUAUUAUCAUAUUAUUGGUAUUAUUAUUUAUUAUUAUUACUAUUAUUAUUAUCAUUACUAUUAUUAUUGUUAUUAUUUUUAUUACUAUUAUUAUUAUUAUUAUAAUUAUUCGGAUUUUUACUACAAUUAUUAUAUUGGUAUUAUUAUGGAAUUGUAAACGGUUACAGUUGCAAUUGUUUUUUUUUUUUUUGUUAAAAGUUCAUUACAAACUUUACACUGUCCUAGACUUAGGGUCAUCGGGGUUGCUUAAGGAAAUGUGUGAUCAGCUCUAUAGGAAAUUCAUGACACAGGGACAGGCCAAACACUGAAAGACACUCUCGUUUUUGCACGCCAUUUCAGAUAUUUGGAGCGUUCCAAAAUAUCUAUAUUGAUAAAACUCCGCUAAGAUAACAUUUCGCUUGAUUUCACUACAUAGAUUGAUUCUUAAAAAGUUCGUCAUGAAUUAACAUUUUUGGGAUAAGCAAAAUAUUUUGUACUUACAACGCACACUGAUCCAUUUAUAUUAAUGAUCAUACAUACAUAUGUAUGUAUGUACAUAUGUACACACUUUUGAAUUUACACAAUUUAAUUAAGAAACACCUUCAGUAAACUUGCUAUAUUCACUAAUAUUAUAUUAUUAUUAUUAUAUACAUACAUACAUACAUGUAUUGACUAAUUAAUCAGGCAUAGCAUACAAUUCUGAUAUUAUUGAAUAUAAUAUACGAUUAUAUAAUAUAUGAAAGUAGAUUGAGAGAAAGUGUAAGCCAAGAGCAGAACUAAACUGAAAAUUAUUAAUUUAGUGCUUACUUAAGCUUGACACACACACAUGCGAGUAUAUAAAUGCACACAAUGAACAACUUAAAUACCUAUAUACUUAUACAAACAGAUUGUGGCAAACUUUAGCACAUGCAUACUCACAUACAUACAUAUUAUAAAGAACGUAUGUGUGUGCAAACAUAUAUAUAAAAGUUUAUAGCUGCAUUGAAAUAUGUAAUUGAGGAAAUGCAGCCACUACUUACACCUGUAUACAUAUAUACAUACUUGUAUAUGCAAUUUCUUUGAGAGAACAAUAAAUGACAAGCAAACCAACAUAUUUACUCACACUAAGCAUUUAGCAUUUAGCGUUAAAUAAUUAUCAUAAUCGUCCGGUAAGUGUGUGGAAGGCAUACCUUAUCUCUAAAUUACUAAUAUACAUAUGUAUCUAUGACCAUAUGAUCAUGAAACAUAUAGACUCCACACAUCCCCCACAUAAUUUAGUAUUAAUAGCUCAAUCUGAUUUAGCUUAAUUUUGUUAUCAAUAAGUCUAUAUUUGCGAAUCAAGUUGCAAAUACGUAAUUAAUAAACCCAAAUUUUACCAAAAUUGUAUAAAUUAUUGUUCAUUUGUAUUUCAACCUUAUAGAAAAUCAAUAACGGUUACCUUAAACCUUAAUUUUAGAUGCUGCAUUCACGUUUCAUUUAUUGAUUGUUAUUAAAAAGCGAAGAUAAGUUUCCAAUCUUCACAAAAAAAAAGCGUAAAUUACAUGAGACUCAAAUAAAAUCUAUAAUGCAUGUACAGAUAA